AUUGUCAUCAUCAGCCACAACACCGUCACAGGGCUCGGGGUCGUGAGGGUAGCACGUUCCCGGCUGGCUCACAGGUUGUUGUUGUUGUUGUUAAAGAUUUUCCCCUAGUCAGGUGACACAGACUGUCUUUCCCUACCUGGCUUACACCCUCGUGGCGUGCCCGUGCCUGUGCAGCCCUUGAACCAGGCCGUAACACCAGGCGGCGAGUGCUGGGCGGCGGCCGGUGGUGACGUCAGGGAACAGCUGAUCGGUGACGUGAGGAAGGAGCGGAGGAGGAGGAGCGUUGCCAGGGUGACGGCACACAACCACACAACAUGCACCGCUGCGCCACAGGUGUGAGUGUGUUGAGGGUGGAGCCAGUCAGGAGGUUACUACACAGCCCCCCAGUGCAUGCCUACCACCGGCUGAGUCUGCGGCAGCCCCUCCAGCCCCCAAGACGGCCCCCAAGACACUCCGGGCCAUCCACCCUGUGUCUGCUGCGGCCCCCCUCGCUGAUCAAUGUUGACGUCACUCGGAAGUGUUCAUUCGAGGUGAGCGAGGUGCGUUACGAGCAAGUGAGUGACGAGACGCUGGAGUCCCUCUCGGAGUACCUGGAGGAGCUUGUGGCCUCAGAAACGGGGCUGCAGGACUCUGACGUGCUGUACAGUAGCGGAGUCCUGACGCUUCAGCUCGGCACACAUGGCACGUACGUCAUCAACAAGCAGACCCCAAACAGGCAGAUCUGGCUCUCGUCACCCGUCAGCGGCCCCAAGAGGUUCGACUUCCUGGACGGACUCUGGAUUUACCGCCACACAGGGGAGACGCUGCACGGCCUCCUCAACACAGAGCUUGCCAGGGUCUUCUCGCCUGACCUCGACUUUUGCAGCUGUGCCUACGGGAGCCGGGAAGCUGCGUAAAUGGUGACCUCUCAGUGUGUGUGUGUGUUGAAGAGUUGGUCACAGUGUCUUUGAGGAACUUGUACAGAAAAGGAGAACAAGAAGAAGGUUAUGUAGUGUGUGUGUGCGUGUGUGUUUAAGGGAGAGUUGGUGGCAGUGUCUUCAGAGGAACUUGUACAGAAAAGCAGAUAUCGAGAAAGGUUAUUCCUGCAGCGCCUUCAGAAGUAAAUUUGUCCAGAAAAGGAGAAAAAAGAAGAGAAAGGUUAUCAUAAAUGGUGUAUGUUUGUGCAUUUAAGAGAGAGAGAGAGUUUGCUGCAGUACCUUCAGGAAAACAUGCACAGAAAAGGUUAUUCCUGCAGUGCCUUCAGAAGUAAAUUCGUCUAGAAAAGGAGAAAAAAAAAGAGAAAGGUUAUUGUAAAGGUGUGUGUGUGUGUGCUUAAGAGAGGGAGAGAGAGAGCUGCAGUGCCUUCAGGAAAACAUACACAAAAGGAGAAAGAAGGAAGAGAGAAAAAAGUUAUUGCAGCGGAAAUGAAGCCUUGAGAGUGGGGGAGACUUCUUGCAAAAAGUCAGAUCAACGUUAACUUGCAUGCAGCGUCUGGGAGUCUGAAAAUAACAUAGAUAGACAGUGGAAGUUUACUGCAAAAAACACACACACUUACGAAGCCCUGAGAGUGACUGGUAUUAUUAAAAAAACUUAGAUCAACGUUAACUUGUAUAUAGCGUCUGGGAGUCUGAAAAUAACAUAGAUAGACAGUGGAAGUUUACUGCAGAAAACACACACCUACAAAGCCCUGAGAGUGACUGAUGUUAUUAAAAAAAACUUAGAGAGA